AUGACACGAAUCGUCUUUCUGCUAUCUCUUCUUGCUCAAUCGAGCGCACUGCUUCCCCAUACCAGCAGAAGUCCAAGACCAGACUUGCGGAGUUUCGUAGAGAGUGAUGCCUCAGGUGAUGCUUUGGUUGAAGACUCUGAGACUAAUGAAAUCGAAAAAUUCUUGAGCAAGAAGUUUCCCACCUUCAGUGAUUUGUUUCUCGAUGAUGACAUGAAGAAGGCAAUAUUAGGGAAUAAAGCUACCAUUUUUGCUCCAAGCGAAUCCGCGAUUGAGGCACUUGGAGAGAAGAAGAUGGCUCAACUACAGGAUCCAAGAAAUGACGAGACCCGGCGUAAGAUGGGAUUGUAUCAUGUCAUUGCUGGUGAAUCCAUUUCCGCGACAGAGUUAAAGACAGAAGACUGGACGAAAGGAAGACCAAAGGAUGGAAGCAAACCAAACACAGUUAUUGCUGCUGUCGUGACGAUGGGAGGUGAAAUCCCUGUAGGAAGAAGUAAAUCUGGUGGCUUUCUUGGAUUUGGAGCGAAAGAGGACGGUGAUAUUGUCGUUGGACCAAGUGCCAAGAUUGUUGGCUCUUUUGCUGUGAAGAAUUCGAUUGUUCACGAAGUCGACGGUCUUGUAUCGCCAGAGGUAUUGUGGAGAUACUGUGAUCAACUCCGAAUUCCAGGCUUCUAA